AAUAUUCUUGAGAAGAAGAUGGCAGCAUUCCUUUCGGGGUCAUCUAAUGACAAGCAAAAAACUCACUGGGUUAAAUGUUCUGAUCUUUGUUACCCAACUGAAGAAGGGGGUGGGGUAUCAGGUCUUUGUCUACAAUUCAAAAGGCUUUCUCUAUGAAAAUCUGGUGGAAAUGGAAAACUCAUAUAUGAAGCUCAUUCUUCAAAGCUAGAUAUCCCAAAGAAGAUAUGAAUGUUAAAGUCACCGACUCAGCCAUUUGGAGGAGGAUAUGCUUCAAAGCUAGAACAAUUCACAUUAUCCACUGUUUACAAUGAACUAAGAGAGGUUCUUUCCCAUACUUUUACUCAUAGGCAUAUUAGGCAUAAAACCCAACCAAUGCAAAUUAAGAUCUUUAUUUGGAAGCUUCUUCAUAACUGCAUGCCUAUUACCGAUAAUCUGCGGAGAUUUAAUUUGGUCAUAAGGCCUUCCAGGUGUCCUAUGUGCAUGAAUAAUUUUGAUACAAUAAACCAUCUCUUCUACCAGUGUUCUUUAUCAAAACAGAUAUGGAGUUAUUUCAUGAAUAUAUUUCACAUACCUAUUCCAAGACGUCAGCCAUAGGUCAGACAAAUAUUUAUACAAUGGUGGUUGGAGGCUGGUUCUAAGACUAUGGGAGAUCUAUUCAAGCACAAUUUACCAGGUAUUAUCUGUUGGUUCAUUUGGAAGGCCUACUCUGCGCAUACAUGGGGUACAGUUCCCAUACCAACGAAAAAAGUUUUGAUUUAUCAGAUUAAACACCACACUCAACCCUGGUCAGCUAAUUUCUCUAAAAUGAAGCAAAGAAGAAUUGAAACUUAUCUGAUUCAGGAGGGGAUGAUUGCUCAUAACUUCACUUAUGGAAGACCGAUGUUCCAUCGAUGGAAACGACCACAGGGUGAGUAUAAGUUAAAUGUUGAUGCCUCAUUCUCCUAUGACAGUUCGGCAGGGGGUGCCAUUUUCAGAGACAAAUUAAAGGGGGGAGAUGAUUUGGGCGAUACAAUUUCCAAUCAGUGCUAACUCCAGUCAGGAAGCUGAAGGGCGGGCUGUGCUUUUUCCGAUUAGAAUGGCUAUAGAGCUUGGUUUGUUAAUCAAAAUAAAAGCUUCAUUGACUAAACUGUGAACUGCAAACUUCCCCCAAAAAUCAUUGCUAAUCCAGGGAUGAGUAAGUCAUUUUCAAACUGAGUACUAAUUUAAUUUCACACAUGAGGCAGUUCAAUGUUCUCAUACACGUUUUUAAUUGCAACAUUGGUAUAAUCCCCUACUUCAUUAGGUUUCAGAUUGUGUUGGCUAUUCAAAGACUAUAAAGCAUUUCAAUAAGUUAAUAGAAGAUUUCGAAUAUAUCAUAGAAACAACUCUUAAAAAAUGAAAAAUUGAAACCAAACCUGUUUUUCUCUCAUUGAAACAAUGGAUUAAAAUUGAUAAAUUGAAUAAGAAACCUGUUUAUUCUCUCAUUGAAAUUGCUUGACAAUAUCAAAGUAUAAAAUAUCCAGGUAGAAGAGUUAUUUUAUGUAUAAGACUUCGAGUAUACCAUAGAAAUAGUCGAUUAAAAUUGAUGACUGAAACCAAACAUGGUUUUGCUGGAGUCGUUUGUCAUUGAUCCCAAUAAACCAGUAACUCUAUUAGAUUGAAAUACAUGGCUCUACUCCUACUAGUUAUUUUGAGUCAAUUUUAUAUAAUACCGUUAGUACUAUUAUAUUGAACUACAUGGCUCUGCUCCUACUUUAUUAAUACCAGUAAGUGCAAAAUGCUUUUAAUAUCACCUUUUUUACUGAAAAAUAGUCAUCCAUUCAACCUUUGAAACUAAUAACUCCUCCAUAGAGUCAUUGAACUUUGUAAAACAACCAAGGUUAAGAUCUUUGUCCGUAACCUACUAAAACUAUAUUGCAUAAUACUCAUAGAACUAUCUACAGUCAUAGACCAAGUAUGAUAGAUAGCGGGAAGAGUAUGGGGCAGGACCGGGCUUGGGCCCACUUCCGUGGGCCGGUUACGGGUUGUCUUUAUAAUUUAUUUAUUAUUAUUAAAUGUUAUGUUUUGGUUUGGGCCUAUUAUUGUAGAGUACUUAGUAGAGUUAGUAUGAGCCUAAUUAGGAUUUAAUUAAUUUGGGCUUGAUUAGGGUUUCUUGUAGAAGGCUAUUCAUACCCCUCGCCAGGGUUCAUUCUUGUUAUCUUGGAAUAAAAUUGGUUUUAGCCUAUUGGCUUUGGACAACGGUAUAUUCGGUUGAUUUUAUUUUUUUCUGCUUCAUAACAAAGUAUUAUUACCUUAUGAAGCAAAUGAGGGAAAACAUUGAAUAAACUCACAAUCUAUGCAUUUUGAUGUGAAACUAGUAAUUCCACCCGUGCUACGCACGGGAGUGAAGAUGUUUGGAUAAAUCAUACUCCCUCCAUCCCAAAAUGGUUGGCCAAUAUUGACUUGCACGUUGAUUAACAAAGUACAAAUUGUAUGGUUGAAAUUUGUGCAGAUAAGAGAGAAUUAAAUUUAGCCACAUAUUCCUUACUUUAAAUGGAAGUGACAAACCUUUUUUGGACUGCCAUUUCGGCAUUUUGGGUCGGAUGGAGUACAUAAACUCAAAGAAUUUCAUAGUUAAUUAAGCAGUGUCAGACACUCGGACUCGAUACCAGACCGGGUCUAUCCCACCUCAUAUUUGAGGAAAUCUCUUAUGUUCCACCCAUGAUUGGAUAAUUUUUUCUUUGAAGUAAAGAGUGAGUUUUUAACUAAAAUCCUAUUUUAUUGAAAAGAUUGCAAGAGAAAUCAUACAAUUUUUUUUUAAGCAGCAAAUUGUCCCUAAGAAAAAUUCAUCAUCAUCAUCAAUAAGAAAAGACUAAAACAACACUUCAGUGGCUUGAAAGUUUACUUUAAAUUAAAUUAAUUUAUCCCAUAAAGGAUGAAGACCCUAUAGAAGAUAAAUAAUACCGAGUACAUGGUAAAUGUUGGCUACCACUUUAGAUUAACUUAGUUACAAACAUUUCCAUUCUCAGGUUUUGAAGAACUAAUAUGGUUUGGUAGCAAAUCCACUAUUAUAAAGAAAUUAGGAGUUUCCUUAUAAAAUAGACUAUGAAAAUAAAGACGGCCUAAAAGUUCUUUAUAUUAUUAAAAAACACGUUAACAACUAUUGAAUAGCUGAUUUGCAAAUAGAUUAGAGUGCAGCGUGAAUAAAAACGUUCUAAUUAGUUUUACCAACGGUGGACCAUUAAUUUUCCCAUUGUUACAUUGGCAUAUUCUCUUAGUUCUGGUAUACAAAACCAAGUGGUUAAUGGAUUCUUUUCAAAAAUAAGGUGUGACAGUUCUCUUCAUCUGACAAAGUAUGGGUUGUACUUAAAGUUCAAUUUCUAAAUUCAUACAAACUAAUGACCAUAAAGAGAACUGAGCCACUAUGAGCCUCACAUGGUAAAAUUUUGGCAAAAUACCCCUGACUUCCAUCAUCACUCUAUUUUCAAAUAUCUUACUCUUCCAUAUGUCGUCAUGUCCUCUCCACACAACCUCAUUUUGAAGCACUGCCUACCAGUCAUGGUGUGGAUGGGGUCUCACUUGAUUCACACAAUAGCUAGUGUUGAAUUUUGCUUCAUUUCCUCAUCUAGAGAAACACCAUAUAUAUAUAUAUAUAUAUAUAUAUAUAUAUAUAUAUAUAGAGUAGUCUUCCUGUCCAGC